CUUCCAUACCACCAGACUUCUGCCUGUCAGCGUCAAGAACUAGCUGUUCUCCCAAUAUACCCAAGACAGUAGAGACUGUGCUGUCUGCUUUGCUUUCCUCCAUUUGAUCCAUUGCAAUAUUGUCUCGUUCUGCAUGUCUGUCGUCAUUUUUGAGUGCACUUUUCAUCCAGUACUGUCAUAUUGCUCUUGAUAUUUUAUUACCUGCCAUAUAUUACGUAUUGCUUUUUCUUGUAUAUUAUUUCUUUUUCUGCAUUGUAUGUGAUUUCUCUCAGACUGUCCUGAAUUAUGGCUCUUGCACCGUUUUUUAAAAAGUCAUACUAUAUCCUCGCCGGCGCAGGAGCAUUCUACGUUUUUCUUCUUCUCGUCCUCUCAAACGAGUUCCUUCAGCGCCAUGCUCUCUAUGCACAUAAGCUGAAAAAGGGAGGAUGGAAUUACGUCAACCAUCCCGAGAAGAAUGGAUUUGCGAAGAACCAAGUAACGCCAUUCUUCAUUCCCACAUCUGACGGGGAAUCACUCUACGCAUGGCACGUGCUUCCCCUCGGGACUUACGCUGAGCAUGAAGCAGCACUGCUCGAGCAACCCGAAGGACCAAUCGAAAACAUCACCUCAUCUUUACCCUUUGAUCUACUCUCCAAAGAUCCAGAGAGUCGACUUGUCAUAAACUUCCACGGUAACGCAGGCCACGUCGCCCAAGGCUGGCGUCCCUCGACCUACCACUCUCUCACCGGCGGAUCGACCCCCAAAACGCACGUUCUGGCAUUCGACUACCGCGGCUUCGGGCAAUCCAGCGGGGUGCCCUCCGAAGCCGGGCUCAUCCGGGACGGCAUCUCCGUCGUGACCUGGGCCAUGACCGUCGCCGAGAUCCCUCCCGAACGGAUCGUCAUCCUGGGCCAGUCCCUGGGCACCGCCGUGUCUACCGCCGUCGCCGAGCACUUUGCCACGCAGACGAGUCCGCAGGUUAGCUUUGCUGGCGUUGUCCUCGUGGCUGGCUUCUCGGACCUUGCUACCCUCAUGCGCACGUACUCGUAUGGCGGGAUCAUCCCCAUGUUGUCCCCGCUGCGGCCGUACCCGCGCCUGCAAAAGUUCUUCAUCGACAAGCUCGUGGAUACGUGGCGCACGUCGAGCCGCCUGGCGAACCUCGUGGCCAAGAGCAAUCGUCUUCGACUCCACCUCGUGCAUGCAAAAGACGAUAUGCAUAUCCCUUGGAUCCAGAGCCAGAUGCUCUUUGCCACGGCGGCGAAUGCAAUGGUUGAGGCGGAUGCAAGAGGCGCAGAGGAAGAGGCGUAUGGUGUGCCCGGGGAAGAGGUCGUGAAGAAGACGGUCACGACGGAUCUGGGGAAUGGUGGGUAUAUAGAUAGGUUGGAGGUCGGGGAGAAGUCUGUUCGUGUGACGAUCUUGAGACGCGGUGGUAAGUUUAUCUCCCAUUACGUUCUUUUUUAUAUUCAUAUUAUUCCAUUCAUUUUUUUCAUCCUUAUCUUUUUUUAUUCCCCUCUCCCCUCCCCCACAUCUCUCUCUUUUCAUUUUUUGUUUCAUUCACCCAUGGAGCACGGCAGUUCCAUAUCCCAUUCAGAACCCAACGAAUACUAACUCCUUUUCCUCCCUCCGGCAGGACAUAACCGCGUAACGUCCUACUCGCCCGUCGCGCUGGCAGUCAUGCAGGCAUUCAAUUCUUCGUCCUCUUCCUCGUCCUCUUCGUCCAACUCUUCUUCCUCAUAACCUCCCCUAUUCUUCAUUCUCCUCCUCCCGUCCUCUUCCAUGUAGUCUCGCCUCUGGCCUACUCAUCAUAAAUAUCCUCGCUUUCUUGCAAGCAAUCUUGCCAGCAAAACUAGCAUUCCUCUUCAUAUACAUGCCUUACUCCGUUCACACGAGAGGUACAAGUUGUUGCCAGCAAACCUGGAUUCCUCUUCAUAUACAUACACCUUACUCCGUUCACACGAGAGGAAGUUGGGAACGUAUCCCAUAUACUUUGCCUACUCAAGGAGGGAAUAACUACUUCGUUUUACGGGGAAACAAUAUAAAUAUAUAGAACAAUAGAGUAGUACUAAUUAACCCGAGCUGUACUGAAUCCAUCUGUCCAUCCGGAUC